AUGGCUUCACACGGAGAAGCGCUCGCUUUGCAAGUUGCCUCUGAGUCAGAGACAUCUCUUGCCUCAAUCCCACCUCAACCCAUUGAGCCUAAACAAGAGGUUGUACUAGCUUCCCCAAAGGAAAUCGUCCUUCCUGAACAGCGCGGUUCUGAAUCGACCCGCGACUUCAAGUACAGACAGGCCUCAACAUACCGCAAGAUCUUCACAAUCAUCUUCGUCGCCAACGCAGCCGUCUUCAUCGCCCUCAUGGUAACUUCCAAUGCCACGCUCCUCUCCCGCGACGCAGCCAGCGCAGCAUCAGCCAAUCUCAUGGUCUGCAUUCUUUUCCGCCAAGAAGAAUUCGUCAACCUCUGUUACGAAAUCGCCGUUCUCGUCCCCCAUUCCUGGCCAAUCUGGAUCCGCAAGCGUUUUGCCAAAGUAUUCCACUAUGGAGGCUUUCACAGUGGUGCUGGUGUCGCUGCGACCGCGUGGUAUCUUACUUAUACUAUCUUAGCUACUAUGGAGUAUGCUGAGGAUAAGAAAGAGUAUCGCUUGGUGAACAUGAUUACUGGUUGGGUUGUUGUUUGCAUGUUUUUUGUCAUUCUUGUGGCUGCUUACCCCAGCAUUCGACGAAAGUUUCAUGAUCACUUUGAAGCUUUUCAUCGUUUCGCAGGUUGGGUUUCACUCGUUGCAUUUUGGGUCCACAACAUCGUCCAAGCCCGCGUCACAGCCCACGAAUGGAACAAGUCCAUCGCCUACGCGCUUGUCCGAUCUCCCAACUUCUGGUGCAUCUGCGUCACAACCUCCUGCACAAUCGCCUCUUGGUCUCGCCUCCGCCGUCGCGUCGUCUACCCCGAGAAGCUGAGCGACCACGCUACCCGUCUUCACUUCAAGUACAGAGGCAUGAAGCCCUUCUACGGACUCAAGAUUAGCGAGAAGCCUCUUACUGAAUGGCACGCUUUCGCUACCAUCCCUGAUAUCGAGCCUGAGUCUGGAAAGGUUGAAGGUUUCAGUGUUGUUGUUUCUAACGCCGGCGAUUUUACAAAGAAGCAGAUUAUGGACGCUGCGGAGCGAAAGCUUUGGGUUCGAGGUGCUCCUCUCCAUGGUCUGCUGUAUACUUCAAAGAUCUGGCAACGGAUUGUCAUUGUAGCUACAGGCUCUGGCAUUGGACCUUGUCUUUCUCUUCUUUAUGCGGAUGUCACACCUCGUCGCGUUCUUUGGUCGACACGCGAUCCUGAGAAAACAUACGGACCUACUGUCGUCAGCGCGGUCAAGAGAGCUGAUCCCAACGCACUUAUCUGGAAUACUACGACUCGUGGAUAUCCGGAUAUUGUGCUUGAGACUUACAAGUUGGUGGUUGAGUCCAACGCGGAGGCAGUUUACAUCAUUUCGAACCCCAAGGUUACGGAUAAGGUUGUAUUUGGCAUGCAGACUAGGGGUAUUCCUGCGUUUGGAGCUAUCUUUGAUUCAUAG